AUGGGCUGGUGGAGCUCUCUCAUCCAUGGCGUCGGUUCUGCCGUGGACUGGGUCAAAUCAAACUCGGGCACCAUUGGAACGGCCGCUGGGAUCAUCGCAAAGGUUGCCGGAGCUAUCGCGGAUGAUCAUAGUGAUCCUGUCGCCCAGAUAUUUCCCAACUUCACAAAGGCGGCUCAAAGACUCAAAAAGAAGGCCCAAAAGGGGGCCCAGGCAAAGCUCGACGAGGUUUCGGCCUCUCUCCCCGAUCGCAUCAAGAACGACAAAACUCGGAAAACCGAAGAAGCCGCCAGCCUGUCAGAUUCAACCUUCAUGUGGGUGGACCCAGCACCCUUGAACCCAGACGGCCAGCCGAACAAGAGUCUUGUUCACGAUAUCGGAAAGAUGCUCGCGCAGAGCAGCUUCCCAACUGUUCUCAAAGCAGGCAACGGCAAGGGCAAACGAGAGGGGUCCGACUCAGGCUUUCUGGACGUGGCACUGUCCAUCGGGCAGGCCAUCUUUGCCAACAUGAGCGCCGACGCCGAAUAUGCCGACGAUGACGGGAUUGUGGUGUCCCCCUUCAGCAUCUCCAGCGCCGACGGCUGCUGCACCAUCUCGGGCUGCCACGCCUACUAUCCGAUCCCGCUCGGACAGACGGGCGCCAACUCUGUCUGGCACGCCGCGAUAGCCAUGAACAAGACCACAACGGAAGCAUACCGGUUCCACGAGUUUGCGAGCACCAGGGCUCUGACUAUUUCCCAGCCGUUCAAGAUGGACAACGGCAGCGGCAACCCGCAGUGGCUCGUCACGAUGAGCGUCCCGUGGGAGGACGCCGUGUCUGCCUCCAAGCUGGCUCCGGCGCUGCUGAAUGAGCUCCAGAGCACCGACGUCACCCAGGUUGGCUGGCGGCUGUACUACCACUCGCUCGACGGGACGGAUCAGCGGUUGAAGCUGCAGUGUCCGGACGGGUUUACCCCUGCCCAGGCGAAAGGUCUCGUUCGCGGGUGCAUCAAGGAUGUGGUCAGGUCCUCGGGCAUGCUGUUGUCUCCCAACGCUAACCCGUAUCUCACCCCGGAUAUCCUAGUCACCAUGUCUACGCUUGUCUUUGGCGGUGACAAUUGA